CUCCAGUCGGUAUUGUGCACGCACCUGGCCACCCUUUUGGCAGUUGGCAUGGCGCUUUACAGCCAUUACUAAAUUCCGAACAAGCCUCUGUUUGCUUCAGGGCCAAGUGUAAAUAGGGAGGUGGAUUAACCUAUGUGAUUUCAGGUUUUCCUUUGUGUUGUGUUGUAGAUUCGAACCUCUACCAUCUGAGUUGCCCUGGUAGCUCAAUUGGUAGAGCACUCGCCUUCGCUCGCCUAGAUACAAUGACUGUGACUACCUAUGGCUAAAGAGCAGCACUCCCGAGUCAAUCUACCAUCAUGGGAGAGUCGGGAUCAAUACAGACAAGCCAGAAGAGGCACUCUCGGUCAAUGGCAAUAUCAGAGUCACUGGCUGCACUGGCAGAUAGAGUUGGGCUCAAUGCUGGGUGUCAUGCUAGCAUUUCUUCUGGGGUGCUUUGUGACAUUCAUCCUCAUGUGCUUUAGUAAAUGGGUCAUCUGCUAACACACAGUAGCUGCUGUAUAUAAUCACAGUUUUUCACAGUUAUCAGAAUCAGUUUUUUAUCAUCACACAGUCAUCUUUUUUAUCAUCACACCUGCUUUUUUUUUCUACGAACUUUUCACAUGCAGCUAUUCGCUGUCUUGUACUACACAAUUUGUUACCAGAAUCGCAGUUAUAUCAGAAUCAGUAUCAUUAUUUUAUCAUCAUAC